AAGGCAAAAAUGACGGCAUGCCCCGAUGCACCGGCCGCUGUCUCCUUUUUGGACAUGGGCCUUGUCAAGGGAAGACUGGAUUCGCAGUUCAGAAGCUCGUGCACACAACAUAAAGCGGCAUCCGAUAAACGCAAGAUACCCUAUUGCUCCGCCCUCGCCCGGCUCCUCUCAACGCUCGCCUGAAUUCUGUCCCGCGAAAGGAUAUGUGCUAGGCGCUGGUUCGCUCCAUCCCUUGUGAUACCCUCCAAAAAAAACCCGAAUUCGCUCCACGAUGGAGCCUCUACAGAUCAGCAGAACCUCCGACAAGGAAUACUUAUAUCACCACGUUGCAUUCCCGCCACAUAAACUUGUCAUUGCGUCGCGCCUGGAGGAAGACGACGAAGACGAUGAGAUAGCAGUGGACCCGUACUUUUUUGACCCAUCCUACACGCUCGCGGCUGCUACUGGAUUUUCGGUCUGGGAAGGCGCCAUCGCUCUCCUCUCCUUCCUCCGAUCAGCCGAAAACCCCGAAGCCGUCGAAUUUCGCCGCAGAGUCAUCGAAAACCGCGAGAGUGUGGUCGAGCUGGGCAGCGGGACGGGAAUCGCCGGGCUAGGUGUUGCGGCGCUGGGCGGAGACGUGCUGCUGACGGAUGUGGCCAGCGUGUGCGAUUUGACGCGGGCGAAUGUGCGGCGGAAUGCGAACAGUUCUGCGUCGGACAAUGGGCAUGCGCCAAUAUCGAAAUGGAAGACGACGACUGUGGUGGGGCGAGGGACAGCGAGCGUGCAGACGUUAGACUGGUUCGAACCUGUAUCUCAGCAAUGUAAACUCACCGACCCACGAUCCGCUCCCAUCAUCAUGGCGGCCGAAGUCGCAUGGCUGGAGGAACUCGUCCCCGCUUUUGUGAAGACAAUGGCGGAUCUUUUGGAACCCAGUCCUGAAGCACCUACCAAAGUCUGCUACUGGGCAUAUAAGGAGCGCGGCACGGAGGCCAGCAAGAUCUUCACCACCAUGAGCCAUGUCAAGCGGCUGUUUACGGAUCAAGGUUUGGAGGUCGUGGAGAUUGGCAAGGAGCCAUCGAGGGACGAUCCUGGCAAGCAUGUGCUGGUCAAUAUUGUCAGGAAGCGUCGGAAGGAGGUCUGAGGGGACUUCAGAUUUCGAUCAACGAGCCAGAAUUGCACUUAUUGCAAACGCACGGACGUUGCACCAACGUGAGCACCGUUCACUAGAUGACUAGAUCCAUAGACUCCUCUUUGCUCGAUUCGUUUUCAGAGGAUCUGUUUUCUUAUUUGACUAGACGUA